AUGUCCAUCAGCAGCGUAGGUGUUAAGCCUCAUGUGCCUGUUAAUACUACCGCCAAAAAGCAUGGCUAUACUUUCCCGGACAGCUCGAAGGCCUGUAGGCUCAGCAAUAAGGCCGCCAUUGCAAGUAAAAAAAAGAUUGAAAGUAAAGCAUUCGCGAAUGGUCUCAAAAAUGCUCGCGGCUUGCUGAACUAUCUUGAGCAAAGUUUCGAGAAAUCCUGCCAAUACGAGGACCAAUUGCUGAGAUGUAGAUCAGCUCACAACCACUCUCACAACUCGAAAGACUGGUGCAGCAGUGUUGGAUCGACCACUCGGCAAUCUGGAUCGUUUUCUAAUAAAGCCUCCCAAACUAGAAGUUCGACGAAUGUAACAGAAUCUUGGUCUACAAUGAGCAUAGCUUGCCUGCAGUAUCAAUACAACGAAUUAUCCAAACGAUAUGAAAUGUUACUAAGAGCAUACGAUGAACGGUGCAAUUCGAUAAGUUCUCAAGAUGGUGCGUUUCUCAAACUGCACAAACGUUUAAAAGAAUUGUAUGUCGAACUUACUCACGUGCAUAAGUGUCUGCUAAUUAUCGGGGAGAAGUAUUUGGAUCUCAAAUACAAGCGAUUUACGCAGAAAGUGUGGUAUGAAGAGAGAAUAGAAAGUUUAAAGUGCGCAUCAAAAGCUGUUCUCCUCACCGCGGAAAGAGCUCGUCGAGAUUUGGAUGACCAGCUUUCCCGCUGCCUAGCUUGCGAGCAUGAUACUGCUGUUACUUUGCUGCUUGAAAAAAUUAGAAAAUGCAACCUUCUUUACCUGGAAAACCUACGAUUGAAAUCCAGAGUCGAUGAAGCUAUUUGA